GAGGGCGGAGAAGCGACGCACGCUUUCUUGCAUAAAUGAAAGAAAAAUUUGGCCCAGUGGUUUGUAACGCAAACGCCUGAACGUUAAACGCAGAGAAGAGACGGCAAAAGGCCAAUAUGUCAGACAAAAAGGCAGUGAUAAAGAAUGCAGACAUGUCUGAUGAAAUGCAACAGGAUGCAGUGGAUUCUGCCAUGCAGGCAAUGGAAAAGUACAACAUUGAGAAGGACAUCGCAGCCUAUGUCAAGAAGGAGUUUGACAAGAAGUACAAUCCCACAUGGCAUUGUAUUGUUGGGAGGAACUUUGGCAGCUAUGUGACGCACGAGACAAAGCAUUUCAUCUACUUCUACCUGGGUCAAGUGGCCAUUCUGCUGUUCAAGUCAGGCUGAGGUCUGAACAUACCCCCCCCCAAAAAAACGACUUUUAAUUCAGCCUCCAAUACAUCUGUGCUACGCUGUACAUUUGCUACUACUUUUCUGCAGACAUGUCUACCUCCUGGUUUCCUGCUACAGCACUACCACCAUCAGUGGAUGGCGUAUUAGUCUUGCCUGGAUGGGUAAUUAAUUUUUUCCCCCUACAUAAAAAAAAAGCCUCCAAUACUAAUCAUGCCAGCACGAGGUCAGCAUUUGCACAUUUGACAGCACAACAAAUUUUCCUUUUUUUUUUUUCCCCCCCCUGUUGAUGCAUAGUCCUUGUACAUUAUUUCUUGUGGCUGCUGUAUAAUUUUUCAUUGAACUAAAAAAAAAUGGACAGUUUUUGUUGAAAUGCCUUUAAUUUUCAGUGUUGACAGAGAAUAAAAAUGCCAAAACUAUUGCUCACACUAAAUAUGAGAAUUAUAUGCCGAGAGGUUCAGGGUUUUGUACAUGCGUGCACUUUCCUGUUUCCACCCAGUUGUAAGUGUUCAGUGUUUCUGCUGUAUGUUUCUGGAAUGUAAUUUAUUGUGCUUUCUGGUGUCUUUGACAUGUUCAGCACAGUAAAACUAUGAAACAAUAAAUUGGUUCAAAUGUG